AUGGCUGUAGUCAUCCGUUUACUGGGGCUUCCUUUUAUUGCGGGGCCUGUGGAUAUCCGUCACUUCUUCACGGGAUUGACUAUUCCUGAUGGAGGAGUGCAUAUAAUUGGAGGGGAAAUUGGGGAGGCUUUUAUUAUUUUUGCAACAGAUGAAGAUGCAAGACGUGCUGUAAGUCGUUCAGGAGGGUUUAUCAAGGAUUCAUCUGUAGAGCUCUUUCUUAGUAGUAAGGCAGAAAUGCAGAAGACUAUAGAAAUGAAAAGAACUGACCGCAUGGGAAGAGAGAGACCAGGAUCUGGGGCAUCAGGGGUUGGCAGCUUAUCUAAUUUUGUUGAGGCUAUUAAAGAAGAAGGAAGUAAUUCUGGAUAUGGUUCUCCGAUUAAUCAAGAUGCUGGGUUUCAUACUAAUGGUACAGGACAUGGUGAUUUAAGGCCAAGAAAGACACGGCCAUUGAAAGCUGAGAAUCCUUACUUGUUUCUACGAGGCUUGCCUUACUUAGUAAAUGAAGAUGAUGUACGUGUUUUUUUCUCUGGUUUAUGUGUGGAUGGAGUAAUUUUCUUAAAGCAUCAUGAUGGCCGAAAUAAUGGUGAUGCCAUAGUAAAGUUUGCCUCAUGUAUUGAUGCUUCAGGAGGUCUUAAAUGUCAUAGAAGUUUUAUGGGUUCAAGAUUUAUUGAAGUAAUGCAAGGCUCAGAACAACAGUGGAUUGAUUUUGGAGGUAAUUUAAUUAAGGAAGGUGAGACUUCUAUGAGGACUGAAGAACAUACACCACCAAGAGGAAUUAAUGAUAGACAUUUUCGGAAACGAUCUCAUUCAAAAUCUCCCAGAAGAACAUGUUCUCGUUCUCCUCUCGGAUUUUAUGUUCACUUAAAAAAUCUGUCUGUAAGUAUCAACAAAAGAGACUUAAGAAAUUUUUUUAGAGAUACUGAUCUGACAAAUGAACAGAUUAGGUUUUUAUAUAAAGAUGAAAGAAGAACAAGAUAUGCCUUUGUGAUGUUCAAGACGCUGAAAGACUAUAACACUGCUCUGGGUUUACAUAAGACUGUUUUACAAUAUCGUCCAGUUUAUAUUGAUCCAGUUUCUAGGGAACAGAUGCUGAAGUUCAUUGAGUGUUACGAAAAGAAAAGACCAGCAUCAGCAGAGAAAGAGAGACUUGGACAGGUCUCACAAAAACACUCUCAAGAAGGCUACUCUGGCCAGAAACUGUGCAUAUAUAUAAGAAAUUUUCCAUUUGAUGUUACAAAAGUUGAAGUGCAGAAGUUCUUUGCUGACUUUUCUCUUGCUGAGGAUGACAUUUGCUUGCUUUAUGAUGACAAAGGAGUUGGUCUAGGAGAAGCGUUGGUGAAAUUCAAAUCAGAAGAACAGGCCGUGAAAGCUGAACGUUUAAACCGACGGAGAUUCUUGGGGACAGAGGUGUUGUUAAGGCUCAUAUCUGAGGCACAAAUGCAGGAGUUUGGUGUAAAUUUUUCUUCAAUGUCUAGUGAAAGAAUGCAUGACCAGUCUUGUGAUAGAGAUGAUCAUUCCCAUUCAUUUGACUCAAAUGAUCCACCAAUAUACGCAGUUGGCCCUUCGGAAAACUUUAGGCAUCAGCAAGAGGACUUGAGGCAACUGGACAAUUUCAAGCAUCCUCAGGGGGAUUUCCGACCACCUGAUAGACGCCCUCCAGAAGACUUUAGGCAUUCCCCAGAGGAUUUCAGGCGGUCCCCGGAAAACUUCAGGCGCCUUCGGGAGGAACACUUCAGGCGGCCUCCUGAGGACUUCAGGCACUCUUGGGAGGAAGAUUUCCGGUACCCAAGGGAGGAGGACUGGAGGCGGCCACCUGAGGAGGAUUUCAGGCGACCUCCCAAGGAAGAUUUCAGGAGACCCCAGGAGGAGGACUGGAGGCGGCCACCAGAGGGAGACUUGAGGAGGCCACCUGAGGAGGAUUGGAGGCGGCCUCCUGAGGAAGACUUCAGACGACUUCCUCCAGGGGAAUGGAGGCGACAACCUGAGGAAGACUUUAGGCGGCCCCUGGAGGAGGAUUUCAGGCGACCUCCUGAGGAGGACUUCCGGCGACCCCACCAGGAGGACUUCAGGCGGCCCCAUGAGGAUGACUUCAGGCGGUCUCCUGAGGAGGAUCUCCGAGGUUCUCCCGACGACUUCAGGCGGCCGCCCCCGGAGCACUUCCGGCGGCCGCCCCCGGAGCACUUCCGACGGCCGCCCCCGGAGCACUUCCGUCGGCCGCCCCCGGAGCACUUUCGACGACCACCUCAGGAGCAUUUCCGGCGGCCACCACAGGAGCACUUCAGGCGGCCAUCCCAGGAGCAUUUUAGACGACCGCCUCAGGAGCUUUUCAGGCGGCCACCCCAGGAACAUUUCAGGCGCCCUCGAGAGGAAGAUUUUAGGCACCCACAGGAUGAAGAUUUCAGGGGCCCUCCGGACGAAGACUUUAGGCACCCUCCGGAAGAGGACUUCAGGAGUUCUCAGGAGGAAGAUUUUAGAAGCCCUUCUGAUGAGGACUUCAGGCGGCUCCCGGAGGAAGACCUCAGGGAAGCUCCAGAGGAGGACUCCAGAGUUCCUGACAGUUUUAGACUUCCUGGUGAGGAGUUUAGAAGCCCCCCUGAUUUUAGAAGUCAUCGUCCUUUUGUGAAUUUUGGUCGCCCAGAAGGUGGCAAAUUUGAUUUUGGAAAGCGUAAUAUGGGAAGUUUUCCUGAGGGGAGAUUUAUGCCUGAUCCAAAAUUAAAUUGUAAUUCAGGUAGAGUAACACCUAUUAAGAUAAUGAAUCUUCCAUUUAAAGCUAAUGUUAAUGAGAUUUUAGACUUUUUCCAUGGUUAUAGAAUCAUACCUGAUUCAGUUUCAAUACAGUAUAAUGAGCAAGGAUUACCUACAGGGGAAGCCAUUGUUGCCAUGAUAAACUACAAUGAAGCUAUGGCUGCUAUUAAAGAUCUGAAUGAUAGACCGGUUGGCCCCCGCAAGGUUAAGUUAAUUUUGCUCUAG